CUACCUUAAAAACGACCACGGUAGAAAAAUCAAAUUGUUUAUAUUAACCUUCAAUUUUCAAUUCAUCUUUCAAUUUUAAAAAACUAAAAUUGCUUUUUAGAACUUAUUCAAUUGGACUUUCUACUGUUUCUUUAAUUUCUAAUGGCUCUAAGCAAUACAGGCAAGAAGGAACUGAAAAAAGAAUUGGAUAGGAGAAAUUAUUAUGAAACAACAGAAAGAGAAAGGGUUGCAGUAGAAGACAGGAAUAAAUCUAGAAAUCUCAUCAGAUUACUCCAAGUUCAGAGGAAGGAGCAGGAGACUGCAGAUCAAGAGCAAAAUGCAAGGGAACGAGAAGCUUAUCGUGAAAGGAGUCUGGAGCAAGAGGAAACAUUAGCCAGGGAAUUAGAUGAACUUAGAAGGAAGGAAAUAUGCUCUAUUCGGGAAAGACAAAUACUGAGGGAAACUAGCCAUGAACUCAAAGAUCUUGAAACAAAAUUGAGAGCUGCUUAUGCCAAGAGGGAGUUGAGAGCUCAAAUGGCUGAAAAUGAAGAGAAGAGACGUCUUGAAAAGUUGAGAACAAUAGAAAUGAACAAAGCUCUCGAGGAAGCAAGAGUGAACGAAAUCGAAUAUGACAGAUACCUGAAACAACAAGAAAUAAACAAAAAACACCAAUAUAAAAAAGAACUGCAAGAUCAGAUGAUCUUCAAAGAAAAAAUGAAGAGAUGCAAAUACGAGGAGUUUCUUAGGGAAAAGAAACUCAUUGACCAGGUCGUCGAGAGAAUACAUCAGGAAGACGAGAGAGCUCUUCAGGAGAAAUGGUUAAAAAUGCAGAAAACAAAGUCUGAGAUGGUGGCUUUCAAGGAAGCCCAAGAACAUUGGAAACAAAAGCAAAGGGAACAGAUUGAGGAAGAAAAUAAGAAAAUUCAAGAAUACAUGUUCUCUAAACAAUCAGAUGUACAGGCAAAAAAAAUUGAAAAGCAGCGUAAGGAACAAGCACGGGAGGAAAUGGUGGAUAAGAUAGCUAAACGGCUGUAUGAAGAAAGGACCAAACAAAGAGAAAGGGAAGACAUCCAGCAGGAGCUAUUGGAACAGGAACGUAUAGAAUCUGCGGAAUUGCGAGAACAGAAAGAGGUAGAAAAGCGUUUCCGCCAGAGGAUCGACAUGGUGAGAGGCCUGGACAGCCAAGUGAGGGAACGAGAAGAGAUGAAGAGGCAGAUGGCGGCCGAGGACGCUUAUUACAAGAAUAUGAUGCAGAAAAACGCCGAGGAAGAUUUGAAGCUGGAAAUGAUGUCCUCGGAGAAGAGGCGCAUAAGGAAGAUGCAAUUGAGGAAGGAUUUGCAGGAUCUGAUAGCGGAGAGGAGGAGGAAACACGCCGAGAACAUGCAGAUCUUGUUGAAAUUGCACGAUCAGGAAUUGGAGGAACUGGCUGAAAGAAACCGGAAGAUAGAAGAGGAAAGGAUCAGAAUGCUGAAAGAACAUGCUGAGCACCUGAUUGGUUAUAUGCCAAGGGGCAUACUGCGGGAAGAAGAUCUACCACUCCUAGGAGAAGCUGUCUACGAGAAAUACAGGCCUAGAAGGGAUAAUAUACCAUGAGCUAUUGGCAGUUUUGAAGGAUGAAAUUGCGCAUUGUGAUACUUAUAUUUAAAUUUUUUAAUGAGCACAUGAUCAUUUAUUGUAAAUCACUGUGGAAUGAAUAAAAUAUUACUAGUUGACA